CAAGCCUGUUGAUUCAUCUUCUUCGUGAAAUCCGCCUGUUUUAAUCUCAAUCUCUCUCAGUCUCUCUAAUGGAAGGCCACCAAAUACUUUUUCCCGGUUCAUCAAAAUCACCCGCAAAUCCUUUUCCACCAAACAUGGCAAAUUUUCAUGCUAUGAACAUUUAUAAGAGUGCUGGUUUUGAUGCCUCUGAGACCAAGGAAAAACCAGGUAAAAAGGAAGGUCAAAAGAAGAUUAGAAAGCACAGAUUUGCGUUUCAAACGAGGAGCCAUGUUGAUAUCCUUGAUGAUGGGUAUCGAUGGAGGAAAUAUGGGCAGAAAGCAGUCAAGAACAACAAAUUUCCCAGAAGCUACUACCGGUGCACGUAUAAAGACUGCAAUGUGAAGAAGCAGGUCCAACGCCUCUCAAAAGAUGAAGAGAUUGUAGUCACAACCUAUGAAGGCAUUCAUACACACCCUGUGGAGAAGCCCACCGAGAACUUUGAACACAUCUUGAGGCAGAUGCAAUCAUAUUUUCCCAUCUCAUGAGUAUUUCCAUUUCACCAAAAUGUGUUUUUGUAUAUAAAUAAUAUGAGAAUGAUAUGGAAAGAGUGGUGGACACCCAUAUCAUCUCUUGGAAAGUGAUUUUCCUGUGGAGAAAGUUGAAACCAGUACUGUCCUUCAUUUUGGAGGAUCUUGUGAUAUGAUCACUGUAUGAAGAUUGAAAAUCAAUUUUAGGUUUUUGGUAUUUGGAUUGAAAACCAUUCUUUGUGGUGUGUAAGGAUGAAUUCUUUUAAGCAUUUGAGUCAAGGGUUCGGGCAGAAAUAAAAAUAUUGUGUCUGAGAAUGAAUGUUCUA